AUGAUGGGCUCAACCGAUAAAACCAAGCGCAUUGUUUCCGCUAUCGCGGCAACGGUGGUCGCUCUUGCGGCCGGAACCAACUAUGCAUACUCAGCAUGGGCGCCCCAGUUCGGAGAACGAAUGAAACUAUCGUCAACCGAAGUCAACUUUAUCGGUACGGCCGGUAAUCUGGGGAUGUACGCUUCAGGCAUUCCUCUGGGGUUGUUGACCGAUGCUCGUGGGCCACGACUCACGACACUGUUGGGUGCGAUAACACUGGGAGUGGGAUAUUAUCCAGUUUAUUCAGCCUACGAGCAUGGAGAGGGAUCGCUAGGAGCAGUGCUUUUAUCUUUCUUCGUCUUCCUCACGGGCUUUGGAAGUUGCUCUGCCUUUUCGGCCUCCAUCAAGACAGCGGCAUCCAAUUUCCCAGACCACCGCGGGACGGCAACUGCAUUUCCUCUGGCAGCCUUCGGAUUGAGUGCCUUCUUUUGGUCCACCGUGUCGUCUUUCGCUUUCAAAGAUGACACUGGCCGGUUCCUCCUGUUGCUGGCGCUGGGAACCUUCGCUUUGACCAUCGUUUCGAUUCCGUUUCUUCGAAUUAUGCCUCCCAGCGAUCCUUACGUGCCACUAUCGUCGUCUGAAUCAAGAGCAGAGUCUAGGCCGUUGCGCCGGACCAAGUCCUCCGAGUUUUCAUAUCACACAGGAGAAUCUGAUGAAGCAGGUACGCAGAGUUCUUCUACUCUUGAACCACAGCACUCCGUGCGUGGCCGGUCGCAAUCCAUCGUAUCCAAUUCCCACUCUCCUGUACACAAUUCCGAUGUUGGUGAGACCUCGUCUUUGGUGUCCAAGUCGAGGUCGUCACAGGAUUCCGCGAACGAGGAUCAUCCCAAACAUAAUACCGACGAGGAUCAUGAUGAUGCUUUGUCUGACAUUGGCAUGGACUCACCCCACCCAGACAUUCGAGGCCUUGCAAUGCUCGCGAAGGUCGAAUUUUGGCAGCUUUUCCUGACCAUGGCGCUCCUUUCUGGACUUGGAUUGAUGACUAUCAACAACAUUGGCAACAGCACUAAGGCACUCUGGAACCACUACGAUGACAGUGCGUCUGCCAAGUUUAUCCAGCAACGACAAGUCAUGCACGUGUCCAUCUUGUCAUGCGGAAACUUUCUCGGCCGCCUCUCUAGUGGCAUUGGGUCAGACCUUUUGGUCAAGAAAUUGAACAUGUCACGUUUCUGGUGCCUUUUCAUUUCCGCAAUCGUCUUUACAGGAACCCAACUCGCAGGCGCCAGUAUAGACAACCCUAACACAUUGGUUCUAGUCUCUGGCUUCACAGGGAUCGCAUACGGCUUCCUCUUCGGCGUCUUCCCUUCCCUGGUCGCCUAUACAUUCGGUAUCGGCGGUCUUUCCCAAAACUGGGGCGCAAUGACCAUGGCGCCCGUUUUGAGUGGCAAUGUCUUCAACAUGCUUUACGGAAACAUUUACGACAAGCACUCUGUUGUCGGUCCGGACGGCGAGCGGGACUGCCCUGACGGACUGGGCUGCUACCAAGCCGCGUACUACACCACGUUUUUCUCUGGUCUUGCCGGAAUCGUGGUUUGUCUUUGGAGUAUCACGCGUGAGAAGCAGAUCCACACUCACAACAAAAGAGUUGAGCAUGAGCGCAUUGCUUAG